GAACUCCGGUGCCUGCCUCGCGGGCAGGCUCGGCGUGUCACUUUGCAAAUCGUGGAGGCUAGUGCCUCGGGCUGUCAGCACGCGCCGCGCGGGGACCGAACCCUGUUUAUUGACGGCGACUGCCCGGGCUAGGCGCAAAUGCCCGCUCUCCUCGGCGGGCCGGGCUCUGGCUGCUAGACUUAGGCGGCUCGCUGGGCCCGCGCUGGCGCCUCCCCCAUGCUGCUUGGGGCGUCCUGGCUGUGCGCGUCCAAGGCGGCGGCCACCGCAGCUCGGGGCGAGGGCGAGGACAGGCAGGGUGAGCAGCAGAGGGGGGCCCAGGCGAGGACUGAAGAGGAUAUGGACGAAUCAUCGCUGCUGGAUUUGCUGGAAUGCUCUGUGUGCCUGGAGCGCCUGGACACUACGGCCAAGGUGUUGCCAUGCCAGCACACCUUCUGCCGACGCUGUCUGGAGAGCAUCGUGUGCUCGCGCCACGAACUACGUUGUCCCGAGUGCCGCAUCCUGGUGGGCUGCGGUGUGGACGAGCUGCCCGCCAACAUACUGCUAGUGCGCCUGCUGGAUGGCAUCCGCCAGAGGCCCCGCACGGGUGCCAGCCCGGGGAGCAGCCCUCCCGCGCGCCCGGGCCCCGGUACGUUCUCAGCGCUCGCUGGUGGCGCUGGAGGGGCGACAGGCAGUCCCCCGUGUUCUCCGGUCUUUCUCUCAGCGGCCGCAGGCAGCUCUACCUCCAGUUUGUGCGACGUGGCGACUAAUAGGAGUGUGCCAGUGGCUAAGACUCUAUCCCAGCUUCCCUAUGCCAAGGCGCUCUACAGCUACGAGGGGAAAGAACCUGGUGACCUCAAGUUCAACAAAGGGGACAUCAUCAUCCUGAGACGCAAGGUUGACGAGAACUGGUACCACGGCGAGCUGCAGGGCAUGCACGGUUUCCUCCCAGCCAGCUACAUCCAGUGUGUGAGGCCCUUGCCGCAGGCUCUGCCCCAAGGCAAAGCACUUUAUGAUUUUGAGAUGAAGGACAGAGACCAAGACAAAGAUUGUCUGACCUUCACUAAGGACGAAGUUUUAACUGUGAUCCGGAGAGUGGAUGAUAAUUGGGCUGAAGGCAUGCUAGGAGACAAGAUCGGCAUCUUCCCUCUCCUGUACGUGGAGCUCAAUGACUCUGCCAAGCAACUCAUUGAGAUGGACAAGCUGUGCCCUGCUGCCACCACUGCCUACAACUAUGAUGCCCUCUUGUCCUCUGACCCCAGCACAGUAGCCAGUGUGGCCCCUGGUCCCACCCUAAGUAGCUCAGGGGCAGUCAGUGCCUUUCAACGACGUGUGGACAGCAAGAAGAAUGCCAAGAAGCGCCACUCCUUCACUGCGCUCAGCGUGACGCACAAAUCCUCACAGGCUGCCAGUCACAGGCACUCCAUGGAAAUUAGUGCUCCGGUGCUGAUCAGCUCCAGCGACCCGCGUGCCGCAGCCAGGAUUGGGGAGCUUGCCCAUCUGUCCUGCACUGUCCCCACCCAGGACUCCUCUUCCGCUGGACCUGUCCCCACAGCCCUCCCACGAGCUGCUGCAGUGGCUGGAGAACAGGGCAUGUCUCCCAAAGUCCAGCUGCCCCUCAACGUGUACCUGGCUCUCUAUGCAUACAAGCCCCAGAAGAAUGAUGAGCUGGAGCUACGCAAGGGGGAGAUGUACCGUGUGCUCGAGAAGUGCCAGGACGGCUGGUUCAAGGGAGCCUCACUAAAAACAGGCGUCUCGGGGGUAUUCCCCGGGAACUAUGUGACGCCCGUCUCCAGAGUUCCUGGAGGAGGGGCUGGGUUACCCUGGAAUAAUGUCCUUGGAGGGUCUCCACUGGCCAAGGGCAUGGCCACCAUUAUGCACCCUGGAGGUGGAAGUCUGAGCAGCCCAGCCACUGCCGCCAGGUCUGCCCUGCCUCUCACCACACUACAGGAUCACAUGCAGCACCCAGCCACCUCCCUUCCAACCGGCAGCUGCCUUCGGCACUCAGCCCAACCAACAGCCAGCCAGGCCGGGGAUACCACCAUCCCAACAGCUACCCAUGCCUCUGCCCAGGCCCUGGACCGGCCAACUGCCACCGUGUCACCCCUGCGCACUCAGACUUCUCCAUCCCGCCUGCCCAGCACCGGCCUGAGACCCCGCUCUGUGGCGUCCCCACAGCAUGGCCAGCAGUCCCCGGCACAGAUGUGUCCCCGGCCAGCCAUCCCCUUCACAUCAGCGGCCUCCGCCAUCACACCCCCCAAUGUCAGUGCAGCCAAUCUGAGCGGGGAGGUCGGAGGGACACCCAUCAGCGGCCUGUCCACACCCAGCCUCAUCAACACGGGCUUCAAGCCAGAUGACAAGAAAAACGAAAAGAAGGAGAAAAAGAGCGGCCUGCUGAAGCUGCUGGCUGGGGCCUCGACCAAGAAGAAGUCACGCUCCCCGCCAUCUGUAUCUCCAACCCAUGACCCCCAGUCGGCCAUGGAUACCUCACUUCAGGGUGCCAUGGGCCCCGAAGUGUCCCCAUUGACCGUCCAUGGCAGGGCAGGUUCCUGCCCCAUAGAGAGUGAGAUGCAGGGUGCCAUUGGGUUGGAGCCACUGCACAGGAAAGCAGGCUCCUUGGAUCUGAAUUUCUCUUUGUCCCCGUCUCGGCAAGCAACUCUGUCCAUGGCUUCCAUUCGCCCUGAACCUAAGCCACUGCCCAGAGAGAGGUACCGUGUGGUGGUCUCCUACCCUCCACAGAGUGAAGCGGAGAUCGAGCUAAAGGAAGGUGAUAUCGUCUUCGUGCACAAGAAGCAUGAAGACGGCUGGUUCAAGGGGACACUGCAGCGGAAUGGCCGCACAGGUCUCUUCCCAGGCAGCUUUGUGGAGAGCUUCUGAGGACCACUGCUCAUGGCUAGCUUCUGUUGUCCUGGAGAGAGCAGAGGAUGCCCGCCUUAUCACCAAAGUCCGAGCGAGGUUCUUUCUAAAGCACCGGCCAGAAACAAGCCGAUGAUUCACGUGAAGUCCUUAUUGGAAGCACACAUGGGCCAUGGCGUGUUUGUGAAGAUAGGCCAUAUCCUCAUGUGACAUCCUACUGGAAGCACAUGUGAGUGUCCUGCAAGACCACGCCAUGAGUCUGAGUGAGCAGUAGCACAGAAAAUGUUACCCACAUGGACAAAGGCGCUGCUCUGUCACCCAGCGGCUAAAGCGUUAUUGUGUAAGGUUGGGAGCCCGGGAGGGUAUAGAGUUGGGCCAUGUGCUAGGGCUGACAGCAAGAAGAGCAUCUUCCCUGCCUGCCCUGGGUACCAUUCCUCUAUAUACCUCUGUCACCUACCACCAGGCCUCACCGCCAGGGCAUUCAUGGUUCAGGAGCCUCAUAGAAGGGCUGUGAGCCUCCCAAGGUGUCCAGUGGGGUCCUGUGGGGCACUGGAGCAGAACCCUCUUGUCUUUGUCUCCUACUGGGAUAAUGAGGUGCACCGUCCAGUUCCUCCGCCGCUGUCUUCACACUGCUUCCUUCUUACGGCACACCUUUUUAAUGUACAACUCUUAGACUUUAUAUAUUUCUAAUAGGUCAGACGCUGCAUAUUUUUCAUACAUCUGGUGCUGAUUUUUUGUAAAACCAACCUGGGUAAGUGUCAAGGGGGGAAAAAAAGAAGUAACAUCAAAGGAAAGUUUUCUAUAUUUCCCAGAUGAAGUUUGGAGCAUAUUGAGGAAUUCCUAUCUGUAAUAUCACAAUGCUGGCUGGUGCUCCAUGCAGCGAGAGGGAGGGUCUGUGGAGAGGGUGCAUGGAGUCGGAGCGUCUUCCCAAACGGCUGGAAAUAGCUAACCCACAAGCUCCAUCUAGAUGAGAGUGAUUGCUAUGACUAAAAAACUGGAAACAAAUGAAGGAGUGGGUUCUGCCUUUGUGUGUGGCAGAAAAUGCACAUAGACAGACAGACAGACACAUACACAUAUAUACACACACAGACAGACAGACACACACACAUAUACACAGACAACACACACACUCACACAGACACACACACACACACAGACACACACACAUACAUAGACAACACACACACACUCACACAUACACACACACAGACACACAGACACACACACAGACACACACUGACCCCAGAAGCUUCCUUUGAUUGCUUUAAAGAGAAUGACUAAAAAUAGCAUUCUGAAAGCACGUCUUUCUACCAAAAUGCAGCUUUUACAACAGCUCAGAUCCACUCUCUUGCAAAGGAUUUUUUUUUCCUUUUCAAAAAUAAAUAGCUUGCCCUCUGAGGCCAGGCAAAACUCAUCUGCUAGAGACCAAAGGUACAGUGAUAACACAAGCCUGAUGCUUGUCUAUAGACUUACAGGGCCUGCAGACGCUGGAAAGGAAUGAGGGCUGGUCUCUGACUCUGAGGCCUUACGUAUAUUCACUGUCACAACAGCUUGCUGCCCAGGAGGCUAGCCUGAUGGCUAUCAGGAGGUGUGAGUGUCACACUCUAAGAACACUUUUUUUUUUUCAAAAAUUUCUCAAAAAAAAUAGCAAUUUGUGAGCCUCUGGGUACAUUUUUAUAAAAUCAUGCAGCCCUGUAUCAAGUCUUUGGUAGCAGAGGCUAUCACUGAUUUUCAUAAUAAAAUAAAGAGCACUUAUGCUCAACGUUUCUGUCUGGGGAUAUGACUAACUAGUUGUGACUGCCGGGUGGCUACCACAUGGAUGUAAUCACACCCAGACGGUCUCACCCUCCCCCAGGUGAUAGCACCCUUAUUGGACAUAGAAAACUGUUGUGAGCCAAAGAGACGCUCUAUCUCAGACAUAGGGACCCCUGUAUGCAGGCUCGGUGACAACCACAUGAUAUCUACUCAGUGUCACUGCUAAAUGACUUGCCCAUCCAUGCACAAAAGAUCUAGGUAUGGUUCCGUGCUGCCACCAUGGAGGUAACACAGAUCUACAUCCUGGGUGAGGCAUGUUUUCAGUGGAACCAGAGCUAACUCCAGAUCCCAGACAAUGAAGCAAGUCCCUUUCCCUUCUAAACAAGGUCAACUCUGAGUCAACAGAACAGACUUCACUUGGAACUGUCUUCCUUUCUUGCACUGGCUGCCUCGUGAUAGAGGAAGUAGCAGCCUCACAGAAAGCAGAGGAAAGCAUCAAGGUACCGUGGAAAACAUCAGCUGAAUCCUCUCCUAGCAAAGUUUACACUGCGACCAGCAUGGGGAGGGAAGCAGGGCCCUGGGGCUCAUUCUCAGGUGGGGCUUUUGAGACACACAAUGAACCCCAUGGUCUGAGUAUUCUGAACACUCCCAAGCCCUUGAGCCUUCAAAAAUCAUGUUUUCCACAGCCAAUGACAGAAAAGAGGUACCUUUCCUAAGGUCAUCUUCCCUUGAGGACACACGUCUGUGGCACCAAAAUGAAGCCAGCACCUCAUCUAGAACCUUCACAUUCCGUCCUGGCCAGCAGCAUGUGCCCCUUACUCAUACACUUGUAUUUGGUGGCCACGUGGGUUUCACUCCUUAGUUCUCAGCCCUUCAGAUAGACGGUCAGCAAGGAGACAGGACAGUCUAGCCUCCAGAGGACUGAUGGAUCUCGAGAGACAAGAUGGUCCAUAGUGAGGCGUAAAUACAAGGCGGAGCACCCCAAAAUCAGCCCAGUAGAUGUGGAAGCCCUUGUACUUUGCACAACACACACCGAGACAGACAGACAGAAAGACACGUGCACACGUGUGCUCCCAACCCCACAUAUGUUUUUAUUAUACACCAAUGUCAGUGUGUGAUUUUAGAUGAAUUGACAGUAGUGGCCAUCUCUGAUGCCUGUGUUUCUGAGUCUUUAAAUAAAGAUGAACAUGGAGA